AAUGCCAAUCUACAUAAUGGCUCCACAUGAGGGAUUUCCACAGGCAGCAACAUUCAGCUCAGAGAUUCGGAUUAACAAGGUGACCUCCAUGUGCACUCCAGAUAAACCUAAGAGAUUCGAAGCAAUGGUGUGACAUGUGAAUGUGUACUUUAGUGCAUUACAAAGCGUGGUUGUGAUACUGACUGCCUGUAGUCGUCCGUCCAGGGCAGAGCCAGCCAGUCUCCGUGCAUGUCGUGGUAAUACUCCACCAUAUCCUCGGUGGACUUGUCUGACGACACGAAGACCACCUCAAACUGCGCAGGGGGGUCUCUCUCCUCCACCAGCUCCGUGUAGAAGUCGCACAAGACGGGCGUGAAGUCCCUACAAGGUGGACACCAUCCGGCAGAGAAGUAGAUGCCCACUACUUUGUUCUUCAGAGCCUCUUCCGGGUCCACGUAGUCCCCAUCUUUGUUGACGAGAGUCCGACCGGCAAACACUUCCACCAUGGCUAAUUCCCCUCGCUCAGCACAGCCUUUCUUUAUUUAUGUACUUUCAAACAUGGUGCCCUCGCAGUCAUGUUUAUCUUUCCGUAUAAAGCGCAUUACAAGCCUAUCGUCAUACUGUAAUCGGCAGCGGACCAAUGACAACGCAGGAAAUGUGUGACGUUAAUCCACGUGGUUUCAAAGCCAAAGAGCCGAGGGGACUGAGGUCACUUGGAAAGAAGGCCAGCCCGCUCUUCCUUCCUUGGCGGGUGUUCGCUUCCCAUUUGUGGAGUCAAAUGCCUGCGCUCACACACUGCUGAGACUUUUUCACAAGGGUUUAGUUGCUCUGGCAAAGCAAUUUUCUGCCUUCACCACCAUGACCUCCAAUUCCAAUUUAGCCAGCAUGCGGCGGAUGGUAGAGCAACUGAAACUGGAGGCCAGUGUGGAGAGAAUGAAGGUGUCCCAGGCGGCUGCAGAGCUCCAGCAGUACUGUCUCCAGAACGCAGGCAGGGAUGCUCUGCUGGUCGGGGUCCCCACUGGGAGCAACCCCUUCAGGGAACCACGAUCCUGCACUGUGGUGUGACAUCGGUGACCUCUAUUGGGACUCUGAGGAUCAACAUCACAAUGGAAAUAAUAUUUUUUGAAGCGAAACAGAAGGAAAACACACCAGAAGCAUUGUGACAUUCCAUAAUAAGUACAAUAAAAGAUAGGUAGUGGAUGAGCUGUUACUUUUCAUGGUUGAAGAACACACCAAAAGACGACCAUGUUGACCAACAUCGAUGAUGAACCUGUUUUUUUUUAAGACAAAAUAAAAAACGAUACAAUAAAAAAAUGA